CAAACAGCUUCCCCCCAACUGAACCACUUUCAACCACACACUAACCAAGCUGCCCACCAUGAACGGGGUCAUCGAGGCGCUUCACAUCUACGACGAGCACAACAGCCCAAUCCUCUCCCACACCUACACCUCCCGUCCCCUCUCCCCCUCCUACCUCCUCCCCUUCUACCUCUCCCAUCCCACCCCACGACCGAACCUGAUCUACCUCCCCCAGACCAACCCUCCAACCCUGGUCUUCUCCCUCGCCCACGCCAAUCUCUUAUUCCUCAUCACCACCUCCUCCGAAGUCGAACCCCUCCUCGUCCUCGAGUUCCUGCACCGCAUCGUCGACUCCUUUGAAGAAUUCCUCGGCGCGCCACUCCUGGCUCACAAAAUCGAAAGCAACUACGAUGUCGUCGCCCAGCUCCUCACAGAAAUGUGCGAUGCCGGAACGGUCAACACCACCGAACCAAACGCACUAAGGGACAUGGUCGAGGUGGAAGGAUGGGUGGACAAGCUACUGGGGGGGUUGAACCUAUCUGCGGGGAAGAACUUUGCCGGGGGUUUGGGGGGAGGUAUGGGAAGCAGCGCUGCGUCGUCGUCAUCGCUGAUAUCACAAAACACCCCCGCGCUGCCGUGGAGGAGGGCAAAUGUCCGGCACACUUCCAAUGAGCUCUACGCUGAUGUGGUGGAGACGCUGUCGGUCACGCUCGCGCCGUCGGGGAGACCGCUGGCGGCGUUUGCCAACGGUACGAUAGCGUUCACGACCAAGGUUUCGGGCGUGCCGGAUAUUGUGGUUACGCUGAGCGGGCCGUCGGGGAAGCAUAACCUGAAGGGGAUCGUUGACUUGCCUGUUUUUCACCCGUGUGUCAGACUGGCAAAGUGGAGGGAACAACCUGGCGUGUUGAGCUUUGUCCCGCCAGAUGGGAGGUUUACGUUGGCGGGGUAUGAGGUUGAUUUGCUGCCUUUUGACGUGGACGGGAAGCCGCCUACGGGGAAUGUGAAACUGCCGGUUAGUCUGGAGAUGAAGACGGGGUUGGGGCUGACGGGGUCGGAUUUUGAGGUGAGGGUGCAGUUGAAUAAGGUUUUUGGGAGCAGCGGGAGCGUGCAAGGAGGGGGGAUGGGUGCGAGGACUGGGCUUCAGGGGAGAGGGUCAGGGGGUGGCAGUGGGCCGGGAGGAGGGUUUGGGAUUCCGAAUGCCGGGACUCCGGCGUCGCCUUCGCUGCAUGAUUUGGUGAUUACCGUGCCGUUGCCGGCGGAUGUGAGGAAUGUGCCGGAGAUUAGGCCGAGUAAAGGGGAUGCGACGUAUAACCCUGGGGAGAGGGUGCUGGAGUGGACGAUUAGCAACAAGGAGCUGGCGCAGGGCAUGUCUGCUUUUGUGUUGAGGUGUACGGUUGUGGGACAGCAGGUGACGGAGGAGGGGGAGGAGGGUGAUCCGACUGGGUUUGGGUUUGGUGGUGGUGGUGGGGACUAUAACUACGACGAGCCGUAUCAAGACAUUGCGGUCACGAGUACUACAAAGGAGAAAGGGGUGGAUAAGGCUUGGGAAGCGGAACGGGAUGAGAAAAAACAGGCGCAGAAUAAGAUUUUGAUGCCGAGCUCGGCUUUGGUUAGUUUUGCUGUCAAAGGGUGGCUGCCGAGCGGUAUCAAGGUUGAGAGCAUCAUUAUUGACCCGAGGAAGAGUAGAGGGAUGGGGGAGCACAUGAAACCUUACAAGGGAGUCAAGUAUUUGACCGUGAGCAAGGGGGGCGUUGAGAUUAGGUGUUGAUGAUGGCAUACCUUCACAAACGCAUGGUAUAGAUGCAUCACUAAUAGACAUAUCGGGGGGUCAAAGGACUUCCAUGCCAGGACUGUUCGUUUUCUAUGGGUUGAGGCUCUUACAGUGGUGUGUCUACACUGUAAGGGCCUUGUAGCACUGUGUGGUUGGAUCCGAUAUCCCGAUGGGGAUACAAGAUGCAAGGUCUACUAUGUGCACUGCAGCUGCGUCAACGUAGCAUUCUAUCUCCAGAUUGCCCAACACUUUAUACUCAGGCUCGCGGUUGGUCAACUUACGAAAACUGAGCCAGGCACCAACGAGCCAUCCGUUAUUCAGCGCUCUAUAGAUUUGGCCUGAGAACCCAAGUAUGAAGUUUGAUAUAUACUUUUCACUCAUACAUCAUGGUUGUCUCUUCAGAACCUUCAGUCGCUCGACGUAUCGUACCGUCACCACAGCAUUCUGUCUUCGUCACCGACACCCAGGAGAAACAAAAUACAACACAAACAAACUCCCAAAGUCCGACACCCUCCUCCCAUAACCCGAUCCAAUAUCAACUCGCCUAAAUAAUGACCACUCCCCUUCGGGCCCAAACCGACAAAGAACAUCAUCCGCCGGCCUCACCUGGCCAUCACCGCGCCUCUUUCCCCCACGCAGAGGUAGAGUUCCCCGCCAAUCAGCCCCCAAAUGUUCUUGUACAUUGACCUCAUGUACUACCCUCAAAAAUAACAAGAUCCCCCGGUCCGAAUCUCACUCUGCCGCUCGGGUGUGCCGUGCCGGGGCGGCGCGGUCGACGGCAAUGACAGACGGACUUGCGUACCUGUGACUUGCGUUAGCUCCGCCAGAGUUGAGGCGGCCUUGUUCUCGGCGAGGGUUCUUUAGCAUGAUAUUACUGCCAUGUUAAACUAAUGCUGGUAGAAAGCUGAAAGCUGAGAGAUGGUAAUGGGGGCCGGCUGAAAUACCGGCCCCCAAGUUGCAAUGCAUUCAAGAGGUUUUGCUUGAAUAGGGGGUGCUGUGUGUUUCCUAAGUAGGUGGAUCGAAAAAACUUGGUUUCUUUCUGACAAUGGAGCUUGUCUGUGGGCGUCGUUUUGCAAUAGGACCGGUAACAACGACAU